AUGGAAUCCCCUGAAGCUAGUUCGAUCUCCCUCCCGGACCAACAGUCGAUGUUUCCUUGGGACUCUUCUACGGAGGAGAGGGAGAAGAUAACGAAUCUGGCCGAUCGUGAGCCCCGACGACGACGAUCACCUCUCCGUCGCCCAUCCCUUCAUAGUCAUGGCGCCACCGCCGAGGCCCGCCGUCGCUUCCAUGGCCGCGACGUGUCGUCGUCACCUGCUAUCCCCGAGGAUAGCCCGUCGACGUACUAUGAAUGGCUCCCGGAGGAGAGCCACCUCGUCGUGCGGAUGGCCGCCAUGCAUGUCGGGGGCCACGAUGGUGGCGCUCCGGCGCGUACGCGUACGCUUCAGAACGGACACGGCGACGCCGGAGUGCAGCGGCGGUUCGGCCGCUCCUAUACUCCGCUCUUCUUGGCGCCUGGUGCCGUGCAGAGGACGACUGCUCUGGAAGCAGAGCCAGAUUGGUCUGGAUCGAUGCGCAAUGAUGAAGAUGAUGCUUUGAGUCGGUUGCGGCUCGCGCUCGCGCCCGCGCCCGCUCCGCGCUACUUGGAGCCUACUCGGUCUAUCCCCACGGGAGGCGUUUACCCUUCGCAAUAUGUCGGCCAGAACAGGCGUGAAUUUUGGAUGUUGCCAAGUAGGUUGCAACGCACUGCUGUCGACGCGAAUCACCUCUGCCUCCGGGAGCUUCAUCGCUUGUCUAUUCUGUCGUCAAGCUAUGGAAGCUUGAUGACUUCAGGCAAGUGCAUUUACUGCAUGGCGAAGGAUAAGCGGGAAUGCCAGAAAUUGCUGCAGUUGGCUGAUGCAGACGCGCCUCAGCUUGUGGACUUGUUAUACCAUGGGGUCAUCGACCAUGUCGACGAGCUCACGGUUCACCCUUACGGUAAUAAUCUCAUGCUGAAGCUGCUCGAAGUCUGCAGCAAAGAACAAACGCAGCGAAUAAUCGUCGAGCUCGCAGCCGAUCCAAAUCGGUUUGUCAGAAUCUCUCUGAAUCCUCAUGGGACAAAGGCAGUACAAAGUUUAAUUAAGAUGCUCAGAACACCAAAAGAAAUUUCACUGGUAAUUUAUUCACUUUACAGUGGGAUUCUUGAUCUUUUUCUGGAUCCAAAUGGCAACCGUGUGAUCAAUACUUUCUUAACAUCCUUUCCACCUGAGUACAAUCAGAUCUUUUUUGCUGCUGCUGCCGGGUACUGUUAUCAACUGGCUACUCAUCAACAUGGAUGUUGCAUUUUGCAAAGCUGCAUAAAGUACUCCACAGGAGAGCUUCGAGCAGAAUUGCUCAAGCAAACAGCUGCUUAUGGUCAUCACCUUUCGAUGGAUGCUUAUGGUAACUAUGUGGUUCAGUGUCUCAUAGAUCUCAAAGAUCCCUCGAUAAAUACAACUCUGGCAUCACAGUUUCGAGGAAAUUAUGUAGAACUCUCAAGACACAAGUCUAGCAGUCAUGUGGUGGAGAAAUGCCUGAAGAAAUUUGAAGAAGAACACCAGGCACAGAUCAUAUAUGAGUUGGCGUCGUCGCCCGAGUUUAAACAGCUACUGCAAGACCCAUAUGCAAAUUAUGUAAUCAGAUCCGCCCUCGAGCUUACAAAGGGGCGUCUCCAUGAUGCACUGGUCGAGGCAAUCCGGCCGCAUGUAACCCUUCAAUUCAAUCCGUACUGCAAAAGGAUCUUCUCGAUGGUUCUGAACAAACAUCGAUGA